GUGGCUGCAUGCGUUUCUUAUAAGUUAGUCAAUAAGUUUACCUUAUUAAAGAAGAUUGUUUGGCAUACAUUAUUUUCAAGGUUAGUGUUAGUGACGUUUACUCACGGACAAGGCCGAUAUAAAAAAUAUAAUUAUUCAAAAAUUAUAUAACUUUAUGUUAUGAUGUGAUAAUAGUUGCGAUUAAAAUUAAUCAUUUAAUGGGUACUUAACUAGAAAUGUUUCAAAUUCAGAAAAAAAUUCAUAAAAAUGUUAAAAUUAACUUUAUUAAAAAACACACUUUUAGUUAACGAAAAAUAUGCAGCUAGUUUAAUUCAGAAGCUCAAAUACUCCUUAAAAUUAGAUCAUGAGGUUCUAGUGGAAGGCCCUAUUCAGCUGUUAGAGGAAAAAAUAAAGGCAAAAGAACUACAGAAUGAUCCAGUACAAAGGAGAAUAGCACAUCAACUUCAAAAUUUGUAUAAAAAUAUCCAAGGCUAUGAACCUGCAGGUGCCAACAUUUUUACUAAAUGGUUCGGUGGUCGGAAAAAAGAAGCGCCAAAGGGACUAUAUAUUUAUGGAGCCGUUGGAGGUGGUAAGACAAUGUUAAUGGAUUUAUUCUUCGAUAGUUGUAAAAUAGAGCACAAAACUAGAGUACAUUUUAAUGCCUUUAUGGUAGAAGUUCAUAAGAAAAUGCAUGAAUUAAAACAAGAAAUAGUGGUAGAUUAUACGCAAAGGAAACCAAAGCCUUUUGAUCCCAUUCCACCAGUUGCUGACAGAAUUAUAGAAAAGUCCUGGUUGAUAUGUUUUGAUGAAUUUCAGGUAACUGAUAUUGCCGAUGCCAUGAUACUGAAAAGGUUAUUUACCCAUUUAUUUGAACGGGGUGCUGUGGUAGUUGCUACCAGCAAUAGGCCGCCAGAGGAUCUGUACAAAAACGGCUUACAACGAUCCAAUUUUGUGCCUUUCAUUGGAAUCUUGAAGAAACAUUGCGACGAAGCCAAUUUAGACUCAGGAAUAGAUUAUCGAUUAAAAGCUAUCGGAGCGAAAACGAAUUAUUUCGAAAAAUCAAAAUAUAAACUGGACCCAAUUGAACAGAUUUUCAAGAUCCUUACAGCUAAAGAGAACGAUGUGGUUCGUAGUAAAACUUUCACAAUUAUGGGAAGAAAUGUUGAUUUCAGGAAAGUGUGCGGAGGUGUAUUAGAAACUUCCUUUGAAGAGUUAUGCUGCAGACCACUUGGAGCGAACGAUUACUUACAUUUGACCCAAUUUUUCCAUACUAUUAUUAUAAGAGACGUACCGAGGAUAGAUCUGAGUAAAAUGAGAUCCGAAGGAAGACGGUUUAUUACGCUUAUAGAUGCCUUGUAUGAUUACAAAACGAAGGUGAUCCUUUCAGCGGACGCCCCUCUAAAAGAACUAUUUUACGUACCGACUGUAGCCCCCGAUGAAAUUAGGGAUGAAGACCGAAUGUUGAUGGACGAUUUAAAAAUGGGAGAAAAGGAUUUAAGCGCAAAUAUUUUUACGGGGGCGGAAGAAAUAUUUGCCUUCGAUCGGACGUUAUCGCGCUUGAGUGAAAUGCAAAGCGAAGACUAUUGGGGCAAGAAAAAAUGAUCUCUGGCUUAAGUACUUAAUUUUUAAUUUAAGAAAUAUAGUUACCAUUAUAAUCACAGACAUUAAUUAAUUCCACACGUGAGUAAGGUUGCUAACUUUGACAGCGACUGGAAUAAUGUUAACAUUUUACUACUUUUUGAUUAACUUUAGUAAAGCUCCCCGUACCACUUUUUAUGGAAAAUCGGUUCUGGUCAAAUUUAACGAAAGUUCGGUCAAUGAUAGUUCUCAGUGCGUAGAUCAAAAAAGUUAAUGGGACCUAGGUCUGAAAAACUAUUAUUCUGAAGCUAAAGACUUCUGAACUUAUUGGAUUCAAUUGUCUACGUCAAGCAUAAGUCCAAUUCAUCUAUAAAAUUUAUUUAUCCAUUCAUUUAUCAAUUCUAACAAUAAAACACUGAAAACGUGUUUUCUAUACUUCCACAAAAUUUAUUAUAACUAUGUGACUACAGCUGUUUCGGCAGGGUGCCUUUCUCAAGUGACUUAGUUUACUAUGUGUUUGCCUUUUUAAAGUCUUUAACUGAAGAGGUUGAGGAGUGGGGAGCUGUUUGUCUCGAGUUGGUGAUUCAGAAUUAUAUCUGUAUUUUUCAAUUUAUUACUUUCAAUAUAUUCUAAUAAAGAUAGCUUAAGGCCUUUAUUUUGAAUAUGCAGAAUUUGAAACUCUUCAUUAAAAGAAUGAUUAUUAUCUAGAAUCUAGAAGGUGAAGUGCGUAUGUAGAAGUGUCUGUUUUUCUAUUGUUGAAAGCCCUUUUGUGUUCUGCUAUCCGUUUGUCAAAGGUUCUGCCAGUUUGAUCGAUGUAAGUUUUCGGACAGUCACCACAAGUUAGUUUGUAGACACCACUCUGUAGUAGCUUUCUCUUUCGGCUCUUAUUGUUCUUAAUAUAUUUGCUUAAGCUGUUGUUAGUUCUGAAAGCUGGUGUUAUUCCUUUCUUUUUUAUGUAUCUGGCUAUUUUUGUUGUUAUCUUGCCAGUAUCAAUUAUUUAUCAAUUCAUUUAUAAAAUAUAGUUAUAGUCUAAAAAUUUUAGAAAUAUUUUGAAAUAAAUUUGCAAAAUACGUUAUUGAUGCUUGACAACAAACAAAAUUAAUCCUCGUAGUAUUGUCUAUUUAAAUUGUCAUUGAGACAACUUAAGUGUGAGACGUCAUUCGCGACCUAGCGACAAAUCUGCCUAGUUAGUUAUACUCUAGUAGUACAUCUUAAAAUGCAAAAAAUUUAUCUAUUUAUCUAUUGCAAAUGAGUACCUAAUCAUUUAAGUAAAGAGACGAAAUGAUAAAGCAUAUUUCAUUUUUGUUUGCUUAAAAAAUUCAGCGUUUAAAAUCUAUUAUUAUAAUUAUAAAUAUGAAUAUUAUAUUAUUCUCUCUUCUAUCUAUUGCAAAUGAGUACCUAAUCAUUUAAGUAAAGAGACGAAAUAAUUAAGCAUAUUUCAUUUUUGUUUGCUUAAAAAAUUCAGCGUUUAAAGUCUAUUAUAAUUAUGAAUAUUAUAUUAUUCUCCAUAAUAUUUUGUAUUAAGAAAAUGAUUAUCCUAAUUUUGAACUCUCAAAAAGUGUACAGCUUAAUUAGUAUAUGGUAUACCGAUUGAGAAAUUUCUCAUGGUUGGUAUGCGCCUUUAAUGAGAGCGACAAAGAGACACGUAUUUAUUAUACAGUUAAAACGGGCUGGCAAAGCGAGGUAGCGCGAACAACCCACUUCAUGUCGUAGGUAGGGCUUUCUCAGCACAGCGUUGCCAACGUAGAUUUAAAAAAGAAAAUAACAAAGUAGAAAAAAUUAUAAUAUUUAACUUAUUGUAAACGAAUAUUAUAAACAAAUUAUUUAAAAGAAAUAAACUUAAGUAAAAAAAUAUUGUUUUCAUCCAUUUUAAAAAAAUGUGAAAACGUUGAAAUAUAAUUCAACCUUUUUCACCCACUUUUUUAAAAUGGGCGAAAACAAUAUUUUUUUACUUAAGUUUUUUUCUUUUAAAGAAUUUGUUUAUUAUAUUCGUUUACAAUAAGUUAAAUAUUAUAAUUUUUUCUACUUUGUUAUUUUCUUUUUUAAAUCUACUUUGGCAACGCUGUGCUGAGAUAGCCCUACCUACGACAUGAAGUGGGUUGUUCACGCUGCCUCGCUUUGCCGGCGUAUAUCUUCUAGCCCGUUUUAAAUGUAUAAUAAAUACGUGUCUCUUUGUCGCUCUCAUUAAAGGCGCACACCAACCAUCAGAAAUUUCUCAAUCGGUAUACAUUUUUCCUACGAUUAUUUUCUUUAUUUAACGUUGCCCCAUUCCUGCAAGGAGUGCCAUCUAAAAUUAUAAGUCUUCUUCGUUUUCGGGGACUUUUCUGAAGAUUAAAAUACGAUGUAUCUAUUUUUAAUCACGAAUUCAUAUUCAGCGAGCAAAUAUGUGUGAAGGAAAUGAGUAUCUGUUCUUUCAGUAAUAGAUAUUUUCGUUCACUUGAUUGUCUGAAGUCUGUUUCGUUCACCUGACUUGAAUUAGUGCGCUUGACAUACACUAAGCACCUGAAUCCAAUAACUUCAGAAGUCUGUAGCAUCAAAAUAGUUUUUCAGACCUAGGUCUCAUUGACUUUUUUAAUCUACGCACUGAAAACUAUCAUUGACCGAACUUUCGUUAAAUUUGACCGGGACCGGGACCAGUUUUCCAUAUGGAGUGUUGAGGGGUCCUUUAUUUAGGAUUUUCUAUAUAAUUACUUAUUCUGCAAGUAAUUCAAUAUUAUUUCAAUUAUUUUACUAUCAUUUUGGAAGUAAAUAACAGUAAUCUAAAAGGAAUUACAAAUGUCUAGCGAGCCGUCAAAGAUAACCCUUACUUAAGUAUGAAGUUAAUGAAUGUUAGUGAAACCGGUCAUAGGACGUUCAAAUUAAUUUUACUUAAAAGACAAUUUAAUUUCAUUCCAUUUAGUUUAUAGCUAAUCUAAAACGACACAUUGGUAUGAUAAUACUUUACUAUCCUUACCACUGAAAGGAUAGAAUGGAUUGAGAACUACAGCCUAUUUCAAACAUGCGAUGCAGUAUACAAAGAUAGCCUUAUGCUAACUAAAUGAGAAUUCUCUUGACAACGUUGCCGCUCUUCACGGCAGUGGCCGUGAAAGGUAGUAUUGGGAGGUACUUAUAGGAUUAUCGCUGUUAACUGCUGUGGAAUACUAAAGGAGGAUUUAUGUAUGGUAAUUCACAGAAUGGCAAACCCGCUUGCAAUAUACGACCAUACUGAUUAAAAAUUUGAAACGGAGAGUAGAAAACUAGGACAUUUUAUUUAUAGAACUCACCUAUUAUUUUCUGGAAAUGGAGAUAUUACAAUAAUUACAUACAGGGUGUCCCGGAAAAUAGUGCGUUCCUUCAAGGUUCGGGCUAAGUGUACCAUUUAGAGCAAAAAAAGUCUCAUAAAAUUUUUUUGUAAAGUCGACCGUUUUAAAUUCAACUAUCAUGAAUCAUCGACCAUUAGGCAUAAUAUUAUGUAUUGAUGAAGUACUGCUUACAGUGAUAGAAAAACAGCAUAAUAUUUGUGUUUAUUAAAUAUCUAAUAAAUAAGCUUUGUAUAGUGUUUUAACUUACAUGAAAUUUUUUUAUUACAAUCAGAAUCAAGCUACGUCUUCAAGAAGUAUCUAUCGGUAGAACAUGUUAGAAAAAAUUUGAGUAUUCCAUUUCUCCAUUCAAUCUUCUGGGAAGUUCGAGUGGUUCAAUCAGAUGAUUACUAAUAAUCCCAGCCCAUACAUUAUAAAAGUGAAACACACGCACACCAUUUCUCGUAAAACAAGCUUUAUCUACACACAACACUUUACACAUUUUGUUUUGAAACCAUCUACAAAUCCUUAAACUUCGAGGUAAAUGGUCUUUGUGUACCUAAAUCUUGCACUAAUUAUACACUAUAGGUAUUACGUAAUUAACAUGAUACUUGCGAUCGAAAUCAUGACAAUACCACAACAAUACGAUGUAUUCUCGGGUUACAGGUAAUUAUGACUGUUUGUAUUUACAAUUUUAAAUAUCUUCCCUAUGUCAAAAUAAAUAAAACUGCCGGGUUGCCAAAUGUAAAUUUUAGUAAAAGACAUUACAUAUUUUAUUUUUUUGAGGCAACAGAUGACUUUAGAAAAAAAAUUAUAAGAAAGUUUUCUUUUAAAUGGUGCAUUCUACCCACAUCUUUAAGGAACGCACUAUUUUCCGGGACACCCUGUAUACAUAGUAGAUUACAAUAUUUACAAUAAUAGUUAAAUCAAAGAAUAUAACAAGGUAGGUACAGCAAGAAGCAUUGGUUAAAUAAAUCGUUCGAAUGAAACAGUGGUGCACGCAAGUCUAUCCGGAUAGGGUCCGCUUAUCGGGAUAAGCUACACAUAUAGUAUGUACUAAGGUUAGUUACCUAUUUUGAGGGAAUAAGGAUACUAUAACGAAACAAAAAUAAUUUAAUUAAGUAUUUUGUAAAAAAUAUCUGUGAUUUUAUUAUGUGCUAUCAAAAGACUCUUUCUAAUAAGAAUCAUAGUAAAUCUGUGAUAAUAUUACUACAUAAUAUUGUUUAUUAUAUAUGAUACUAUUACUGAAUAUGUAUUAUUAUUAUUAUUGUUUAUAUGUAAAUAUAAUAUUUAUUUAUUUAUACGCACAACAGGCCGUAAGGACCUAGGUAGGGCAUUUUUAUAAAACACAAUCAUAAGAUUAACUAAUUAUAAUUAUUUUAAACAAAACUCGAACUUAAAUAAUAAUAUAUACAAAAUUCUCAACUACUUUGAAGGACCUGAUGAACAAUAUUUCUCCAUUCACCUCUGUUUUGUGCUUUUCUUUUCCAGUCCCUGACCUUCACAUGUUUAAGGUCUUCCUCUACUUUGUUAAUCCACCUCGUUCUGCGUCUACCCCUUUUUUUGGACCAAUUAAUUUUCUGGUCAUAUCUAGUUUAGGAUGUUUGCUGCCAUUCUUCUAUGUGUCUCAUCCAUCUGAUUUGUUGUGACUUGACGAACCUGGUGAUGGUAGGUUCUUUGUACAUAGCCAUUAAUUCGUUGUUGGCUCUUCUCUCCCACCCGUCUGUCUUCCUUCCUCCGAAUACGCGUCUCAAUAUUUUCCUUUCCCACCUUUCCAGAGUAUCCUCUUACUUCUUAUUUAAUGUUCAUGCCUCACAAAAACAUAUUACCGUGGGUCUAAUUACUGUUUUAUAUAUUCGGAGUUUGCCUUGUCUAUAAACGUAUUUUGAAUUCAUUAGGGUCCUUAAACUGCUUAAUUUUGUAUUCCUUUUUGCUAUACUGGUAUCGAGCUCCCGUUUCUCCUUUCCAUUUUCAUCGAAUACUACACUGAGUUAUUCGUGUUGUUCACCCUUUUGAAACUAUAGCUUUUACCACUUGCAGACUUCACCUUAAAGCCUUCUUUUUCUUCUUCUGUUCCUCCCAUGACUGUAUUUUUGGUUUUGUCUUCAUUUAGCUCCAGUCCGAAUAUCUGUGCUUCUUCAGUAAUUUUCGUCGCCAUUCUUCUUAAUUAUUUCACGGUUCUUGCUAAAAUCAUCAGCAAAUGCCAUGCACUGGUGCUAAUUUUUCAUGAUUGUUUCUGUUUCUACAUAUUUCUAACACUACGGGCCGGUUGUUCGAACGCUAAUCAAAAAUGAUCAUUAUCAAAUAUUUAAUUACUGUCACAACUGUCAAUGUCAACUUUGAUUGGGUUGCUGAAAACGCUGAAAACAUAAUUAUUGAUUACAAUUAUGAAAUUAGUUAAUCAAUUAUGUUAAUAAUUGUUAUGUUAAUUGAUUAACUAAUCUCAUAAUUAUAAUCAAUUACGUUUUCAGCAACCCAACCAAAGUUGACAUUGACAGUUGUGACAGUAAUUAAAUAUUUGAUAGUGAUCAUUGUUGAUUAGCGUUCGAACAACCGGCCCUUAGUUAAAUAAUGUAAAUGUAGUGGAUAACAGAUCCCCCUCUCUGAAGCCUUUUGCAACCUUAAAUUUAUCCAAAAUGUGACUGUGCGAAGCAAUUUCACAGGUAGAGUUAUUUAGUGUCAUUUUUACUAAUCUGGUUAAUACCAAAACCAUUCCUCGAUACAUUUUGAUUCUAUCGACAUGCUUAUCUAAAAUUCACAAACUUUAGAGGAACUUGUCCUCCAUAACAAGUUGUCUGUAUCUAUGUCAACUGUUUUUUAACGCAUGAUUAAAUCACAUUGGAAUGAAAUUAAAUUAAAAUCGUAACUUAUUAUUGUUUUAUAUUGUAUAGUAUAUUGUUAUUAGAGAAAUGUUGAUAUUUUUUGUUUAUUGUUAAGAUUGCUUGUUGAUACUAAAAAAAAACACUGUCAUAUACUAGCACAAAUUAUUUAUUUUUGGAACUUGUAUUAGUUGAUUAUUUUUACCAAGUUUUACUAGUGAUAAUUUUCGCACUAACUUAUUUUAUUUGUUCAUUGAAUAAUUAUCAGUAUUUUGUAUAUUUUUAUCCGUUGAUAUGUAUUUUAUUAGCUGUAAUAAAUUAUUGUUUUACAA